AUGGGGUUGGCGGGUCAACGGCCCCUCGCGGAGCCGGGCGGCUCCAAGUCGUCGCACGCGGAGAGCGCCGACGGCGCCCGGCGGGGUGGGCCUCGCAUGAAGAAGCGGCGCCACCCGGUGGCCAAAGUAAAGGGCGGUUGGAGCCCGGAGGAGGACGCCCUCCUGAAAAGGCUGGUUCAUGAGCACGGGGAGGGCAACUGGAGCGUCAUUGCGCGGUCGCUGAACAGGUCCUUCGGAAAAGACGAGAAUCACGGGCGGAUCGGGAAGCAGUGCCGGGAGAGGUGGAACAAUCACCUGAGGCCCGACAUCAACCGGGACGCCUGGACGCCCGACGAGGAGCGCAGCCUGAUAGAGAUACACAGGCACCUGGGCAACCGAUGGGCUGACAUCGCCAAGCACAUGCCCGGCCGGACGGAGAACGCUGUCAAGAACCACUGGAACGCCACGCUGCGGCGUCGGGAGCACCCGGACGACGACGCUGGGGGCAGCGCGUCCAUCCUGAAGGAGUACAUGAAGACGCUCAAUCUGGUGGGCCCGGACAGGCAGAAGAAGAGGAAAACACACGACGAGCCGGACCCCAGCUACAGGCCGUCCUGGGACAACGCCCAGUUGGGUGCAAGGCAGGGAAAGACGAGCCCGAGGAGGUGUGUGCGCACCCUGCGCAGGAGCGCCAGGGACCUGGGCAACUUCGUCGAAGGACCCUACGCAGAGGGCGUGCCGAGCUUCGUGAAGGACGGAGCACCCCUCUGGCAAGGGGGCGGCCAGCCAUUUCCGGGAAGGCGGCAUUUGGUCAGGCAGGAGAAUAGGUGCACCUACGUGUCUCCCGAUCUGUACAGCAGGGAGAGGGCGGCGCAUCUGCCGUGCGCGCCAUUUGGAAUCCCACAGGCGGAUGCGGGCGCAAGCCUUGGAUAUGGUGGGGACAGGGCGCUGCGCACCACUUCCACCGCGGCGCGCCUCUUUCACGUGCAUGCCGCGCCACACGCGGUCCGGAUGGCGGUCGACCGCACCGCACACAGCGACGCGGUGGCGAACCUCAACGAAUGGGUGGAAUGGCUGAGCGAAGAAGAGCUGAGCGAGGUGAGAGGCGAAUCGACGCAAUCCAUUCGAUAUUUUGCAUAG